AUGUCGACAGUAAUCAUCGGCGGUGGCAUCAUCGGCGCCUCUAUCGCCUUCUACCUAAGCAACGACUCCGCCUCCAACGAACAACAGCCAAUCCACGUCAUAGAAUCAUCCUCGCACCCCUUCACUGGCGCAUCAGGCUACGCAGCUGGUUUCCUUGCCAAAGACUGGUUUGCGCCUGCCCUCGCGCCGCUGGGAGCAUACUCGUUCGAGUUGCAUAAACAACUGGCCGCCGAGUUUGAUGGGAAUAGGAAAUGGGGGUACAUGCCGGGCACCGCGUUAAGUCUGGAUGUUACUGCUGCGAGUAUAGCGGACAAUGCGAGCACUGGCUACGACUGGUUGCGCGAUGGAGGUAGUCGCGCGCUAGCAUCGACUGUCAGUCAGCAGAGAGGUCAGGACGGGGAGUCGAAUCCCUUGUGGUUGACGAAGCAGAGAGGCGGUCGUGUGGAGGUGAUCAGUGGUGAAGAGACCGUGGCUCAGGUACGCACGCCCAGAGAUCCAUCUCGACUAUGCCACUUCCUACACGAAACCACUCUCGCGCGAGACGUGCAAUGGCAUCAUCCAGCACAAGUAGUCUCCGUCACCACCGAUGCCAGCACCCACGCCGUCAGCAGCGUCACGGUGCUCAACUCCUCGACGCAGACCGAAUACACUCUACCCUGCCGAAACCUGGUUAUGUGUGCCGGCCCGUGGACGACGCUGGUAUACAAAAGCCUCUUCCCCUCGGCAUCCGUCCAGCCUCACAUAUCUCCCCUGGCCGGCUACUCGCUGCUUGUGCGCUCGCCGCGUCACACCUUACUCCAUGAGCAUGACAAGUACAAAGGACGCAGCCAUGCCGUGUUCACGACGCUACCCGAAGGAGAAGGAGGGGAAGAAAAUGGCGAGAACGGCUUCAGUCCGGAAAUCUUUUCGCGCGAAGGCGCCGAAAUCUACAUUGCAGGCCUGAAUUUCAGCAACCUCCCCUUACCGACGCGAGCCGAAGGGUCCAAGGCGGUAAUGGAUGCGCAGAAAAUGGCACAAUUGAAGAAAGUAGCUGUGCAGUUUCUGGGGAAACUGGCUGAAGACGACAACAACGAUGGUGUUAGUACCAACGUAGAUGACCUCGAGAUCCUCCGCGAAGCACUCUGUUUCCGCCCGGUCUCGGACACAGGCCUGCCCAUCGUCUCGCGAGUCAAGGAGGAGUAUCUUGGCCAUCAGCACCAGGCUGGCAGUCGCUCGGCGGUGGGCAGGAACAUUGGCGGCGUGUUCGUUGCGACGGGGCAUGGGCCUUGGGGCAUUUCGCAGUCGUUGGGGACGGGCAAGGUGGUUGCGGACAUGGUGGACGGGAUUGAGCCGGCGGUGGACCCAUCGCUGAAACACAAUAUACCAUUUGCCUCACAACCCACCAUGGCGAAUACAAUGUACGAAGGCGGCUACAAUGACAGCAACCGCGCAUUUCUGCAAGCCUUCAUGGCGCGGUCUACCAUGACCUUUGAAGACGCAAGGCCCGUGCUGGCCGCGAUAUUCACAGCGCAGGAAGGACGCGAAGUCCUCGCCGAAGACAUUACCCAAGCCGAUCUCAACUCCUACAUCGCCGCCGCCAACAGCGCCAUCUCGCCCUUCGACCUCGAAAUCCGCAGCACAAAGCCCCAAAUCGCAGUCUCCCUCCCCAACGGCGCGCAAACAGUCUCGUCAUCAAACAACCCGCCGCUGGUAUACGCGCUCGUCAACACGACCAGCGACCCGCUCACGCAGCUCGCGACAACCUAUUCCGUUGACGAGAUCGCGUUUGUGAAGCGGCUGCUCGACGCCAUGUUCGAGACGUAUAAUACAAGACGCCUCGAGGCGAUGGUCGUAUCGAGCAUGCAGGCAAUACAGCUUGCAAAGGCGUCUUCCGAGAAUAAUGCGAACCGCCGCGAAUCUACGAAUAAUGCCGCUACAAACCAAGGCGGUGCUGCGCAGUCGCUGACCAUGACGCAGGCGGAAUCAAUGCUGGGUAGGCUCGUAGAAGAAGGGUGGUUUGAGAAGAGCAGCAAGGGCUUUUACAGUCUCAGUCCGCGAGGGCUGAUGGAACUACGUGGUUGGCUGGUGGAGACGUAUAACGACGAAGAUGAGCAUGGUCAUCGGGCUAGGCGCAUCAAGUUUUGCGCGGCUUGCAAGGAUAUUAUCACUGCUGGCCAACGAUGCUCCAACCGCGAGUGUCUGGGUCGGCUCCACGACACAUGCGUGCGCAACUUUUUCCGCAUGCAGCAAGCCGAGCGCUGUCCCGUGUGCAAGAUUGAGUGGCCGGGCGACAAGUUCGUUGGUGAGAGAGCCAUCACCACCUCGGAGCGGUAUAUGCAGGGCAGAAGACGGAGUCAGAGUCAGAAUACGCAGGCUGCCAAUCAGCAGAAUGAUUCCGAGGACGAGGAUGGCGAUAGCUGA